AUGGGAGCUGGAGGAGGGCGGGUCCUCUGCGCGGGGUGGGCUAUAGCUGGGCGCCAGCGCCGCUGCUUCUUCCCAGUCAGAGGUGAGACGGCGAGUGGGGCUGCUGUGUGGAGCGGGGCUGCUGGGCCGAAGGUGUUAAAAAUGUCCAUUCUUAAGAUCCACGCCCGUGAAAUAUUUGACUCUCGUGGGAAUCCCACUGUUGAGGUAGACCUCUUUACCAACAAAGGUUUGUUCAGAGCCGCUGUUCCCAGUGGUGCCUCAACUGGAAUCUAUGAAGCUCUGGAGCUUCGUGACAAUGACAAGACACGCUACAUGGGGAAAGGUGUCUCAAAAGCUGUUGAGCACGUCAAUAAAACAAUUGCACCUGCACUGAUUAGCAAGAACGUCAAUGUUGUCGAGCAAGAGAAGAUUGACAAACUGAUGCUGGAAAUGGAUGGAUCGGAGAAUAAGUCCAAAUUUGGUGCCAAUGCCAUCCUGGGUGUAUCUCUGGCUGUAUGCAAAGCUGGCGCUGCUGAGAAGGGUGUCCCCUUGUACCGUCACAUUGCUGACCUUGCUGGAAAUGCAGAAGUCAUUCUUCCAGUUCCUGCUUUUAAUGUGAUCAAUGGUGGCUCCCAUGCUGGCAAUAAGUUGGCUAUGCAGGAGUUCAUGAUCCUCCCGGUCGGUGCUGACAGUUUCAAGGAGGCAAUGCGCAUUGGUGCAGAGGUCUAUCACAACCUAAAAAACGUAAUCAAGGAGAAGUAUGGCAAGGAUGCAACUAAUGUGGGUGAUGAGGGUGGCUUUGCCCCCAACAUCCUGGAAAAUAAAGAAGCUCUGGAGUUGCUGAAGACUGCCAUCAGUAAGGCUGGCUACUCUGAAAAGGUUGUCAUUGGCAUGGAUGUGGCUGCCUCAGAGUUCUACCGUGAUGGAAAGUAUGAUCUGGACUUCAAAUCCCCUGAUGAUCCCAGCAGAUACAUUUCUCCUGAUCAGCUGGCUGAUCUGUACAAGGGCUUUGUCAAGAACUACCCCUUGGUGUCCAUUGAAGACCCAUUUGACCAGGAUGACUGGGCUGCCUGGAAGAAGUUCACUGGCAGUGUUGGCAUCCAGGUGGUUGGUGAUGAUCUGACUGUGACCAAUCCAAAGCGUAUUGCUAAGGCUGUGGAGGAGAAAUCCUGCAACUGCCUCCUGCUUAAGGUCAACCAGAUUGGCUCUGUGACAGAAUCCCUGCAAGCCUGCAAGCUUGCGCAGUCCAAUGGCUGGGGUGUGAUGGUGAGUCAUCGCUCUGGAGAAACAGAAGAUACCUUCAUUGCUGAUCUGGUAGUUGGUCUCUGCACUGGUCAGAUCAAAACUGGCGCCCCAUGCCGAUCUGAGCGUCUAGCCAAGUACAACCAGCUGCUGAGAAUUGAAGAGGAGCUUGGCAGCAAGGCCCGUUUUGCUGGAAGGAACUUCAGGAACCCUCGUGUCAACUAAGCUGUGUGCAUCGGUCAACCCCUCUGCUGGUUUAAGGCACUAGUCAUCUACUUAGAUCACAAUUACCUGUACUAGAAAGAUAAGGGCAGCUGAAAGGAGAAAGGCCAGUUUGCAGGUCCUCUUCCCCACCACGAUUCCUUCAUCUAGUGUUUUCACCAACUCUGAUCUGUUACUUGUAACGCUCUACUGUUUUUGUAUUAGGACAGUCCCUGUGGCGGCUUUCUGUGUAUUAAACGCUGUCUGGGAUCAUGACCUUGUGACUCUGGACAUAAACAUUUCAAUUCCUUUCUCUGCCUGGUCUUCAAUGUUUGGAGCUGUGUGACUUGCAGUGGUGCAGCAAGAGGUGCCUGCAAACAGAAAUAGUAGUGUUUCUACAUGUGAUAAAUAAAAGCAUCAAACAACUGAA